CCACUGCCAUUCUUCAUCGGGCUCAUUAAACAAAGACAACGCCAGCCUCCUUCCUCCCCUGGCUCCAGAUCUCAGAUCCGAGGAGCUCCGACCCUUCUCCAAUGGCGGUCAAGGUCUACGUCGUGUUUUACUCGACUUACGGGCAUGUUGCUAAACUAGCUGAGGAGAUCAAGAAAGGCGUCGCCUCUGUUGAAGGCGUGGAAGCAAAAAUAUGGCAGGUCCCUGAAACUCUGCCUCAAGAAGUGCUGGGCAAGAUGGGCGCACCACCGAAGACCGACGCACCGGUGAUCACGCCGCAGGAGCUCGCGGAGGCCGACGGGAUCCUGUUCGGGUUCCCCACGCGGUUCGGCAUGAUGGCCGCGCAGAUGAAGGCGUUCUUCGACGCAACCGGCGGGCUGUGGCGGGAGCAGAGCCUGGCCGGCAAGCCCGCCGGCAUCUUCUUCAGCACCGGCACCCAGGGCGGCGGGCAGGAGACCACGCCGCUGACGGCGGUGACGCAGCUGACGCACCACGGGAUGGUGUUCGUGCCGGUGGGGUACACGUUCGGCGCCAAGAUGUUCGACAUGGAGAGCGUGCACGGCGGCAGCCCGUACGGCGCGGGCACGUUCGCCGGGGACGGGUCCCGGUGGCCGACGGAGGUGGAGCUGGAGCACGCCUUCCACCAGGGCAAGUACUUCGCCGGCGUUGCCAAGAGGCUCAAGGGCGCAUCCGCCUGAUCGCAUCACUCCCAGCGAUCGCCAUGGCCUACAUAUACAUAUACAUCUGUGCAUCUAGCUGUUCCUGUGGAACUUGUUAAUCGAUCUGCACUACGAUGCGUGAGCGUGAUACGGUCGAUGACGUUGUUAUGGUUUCGAUUGAACUGGUUUUGAAAUUCGGUACGGGGAUUGUGCAUUUGUGUUUAA